AUGGAUGAAGAAAAGAAAAAAUAUUUUAAACUCAAAGAUUUUUUAAAUUCGCCAAUAUCUAGCCACACAAACAUAGAAAUAAACUUGAGAGACAUUUAGAUUGGUGAUAAUAGUGUUUUAAAUCUCAGCUUAGCUUUAGCAAAGUGUAACAAUCUAUCAGUUUUGACUCUCAAAUUAGAUUAGCAAGAAUUAGGAUAUUCAGGUGUAUAAUAUCUAGCUAAUGCGAUUGCAAAAUGCACUAAUCUUACAACUUUAAAUCUUAAUUUUAAUUAUAAUAAAAUUGGGGAUAAAGGACUAUCUUAUAUAGCACAUACUAUAGGAAAGCUGAUGAAUCUCUAAAUAUUGGUACUCUAGCUUGAUAUCAAUCAAAUUUGUGGCUUUGGUAUAUCAAAUUUAGGCUCUGAAUUAGCUUAAUGCAAUAAAUUAUCAAAUUUAACACUUUAUCUAAGUGGUAAUCAAAUUGCAGAUUAAGAUACUUCUAAUUUGUUUUCUUCUUUUACAAAGUGCAAAAAUCUCUCAUCUUUGACACUUGACUACUAUUAAAAAUUGUUUUAUGAAAACAACAAGUUUUUCAAUUUAUUUUUUUAUGAAAUAUUAAAGUACUCCUUACUUGUGCAAAGCCUUAAAAUUGUGUUCUCAUCUUUCAAAUUUAACUCUUGGCCUAAAUUAUGA